AUGCCAAGAAAAAAACAACAGAAUCCACAGCCAGUCAAGUUGGAUUCUGAAGAUGGUGUAGCUGUUGAAGCUCCAGGAAACCUCCCUUUAGAUACCGACUUCCUUCUUGGACAAGACCUCGUGUUUGGUGAUCCAGAUCACGACAAGAUUCUAAGCCUGGAAAAGUUUUCAGAAGUAGCUGCUGAAAUCGGUUUCUCUGUGUAUCCUCUGGGUGAUGAGGAGAGUUCUGCCUACAGCCAGCUCAGUAUGGAAAGUAAAACGGACAACUCGCGCAGCACAGCUGACGACAGGAGAAACGAGGGCAGAGCAACUCCGUCUGAGCCAAGCUUUCCUCCUUACCUGUCCUGCAGGGGCUGUGGACAGCUCCGUGAUGAACCCCUUGGACCUGGCAUAGACCUGGUUGGCCCGUACUGCCUUAGGUGCUGCAAAGCCUCCAGGGAAACUAAAAGUACAGACUUCUGUUCACCUUUUGAAAGCAGUAGUGGAAUUCACUCUGGUUCGCAGAGUCAUACAGAUUCCCAAUCUGAUUGUGAGGGGGUGGAUAGUGAAUUGGGUGACAAGGACGAACUGUCUACCGAGGACAAAUUGUCCAAGCAGCACUCGUGUCACAUCUGUGGCUUCUCCUCGCGUUAUGCCAACCACGUGAAGCGUCACAUGAAGACUCACAAUGGGGAGAAGCCCUUCAACUGUCCCAUAUGCACUUACGCUUCAGCCCAGCUGGUGAACCUGCAGAGACACCUUCGCAUUCACACCGGGGAAAAACCCUACAAAUGUGACAGGUGUGCUUUCGCCUGCAGUUCCCUUGGCAACCUCAAAAGGCACCAACGCAUGCACGUGCCCUCUGCUUUGCUAGGACAGGAGGUUCUGCCGCGAAUUGCCUGCGUCCAGAACAGCUCGAAGAGGCCUGCGAGUGAGCAAAGCCCUAACGAUCAAGUGUCUAGUGCUUCAGUAUCAGAGGUUGCAAGGCCGACCUCUAACCUCAGUUUGGGAGCCCACAGCAGUGACUACUUAUCAGUUUUUGAUGGCUUAAAGGGAGCAUCGCCACCACCUAUACCUGCCUCCAACCCAGCUUCUGGCCACCAACCUUCACCACUGCUGGAGAUGACAGGCAGCAGCAGGACUACCAGAGGCAGUGGAGCAGAAGGUGCCGCUCUCCCACCUUCACUGUUUCCCUAUACUUGCCGGUUGUGUGGCAUUGUACUGGAAGAUGAGGACGGCUCCUCAACCCAGAUAUGUGCCAAGUGCACCCUUGAAAUGCUGACUAAAGACUCCUCUUCGUCUCCGAACAGCCCCGGUGAGCGCAGUGACAAGGUGUACACUUGUGCCGCCUGCCCUUUCCUCACGCACUACCCCAACCACCUGGCGCGCCACAUGAAAACUCACAGCGGCGAGAAACCGUACAAGUGCCCGCAGUGCGACUACGCCUCCGCGCACUUUGACAACCUCAAGCGCCACCACAGGGUGCACACAGGAGAGAAACCUUACAAGUGCCAUUUGUGCGAUUACGCGUGCGGGAACUUGGCCAACCUUAAGCGGCAUCAGCGCGUGCACUCGGGCGCCAAGCCCUUCCAGUGUGCGGUGUGCAACUACAGCUGCAACCAGAGCAUGAACCUUAAACGACACAUGCUGCGACACACCGGGGAAAAGCCGUACAAAUGUCAGGAGUGUGGCUACACCACUGGACACUGGGACAACUACAAACGACACCAGAAGAAACACGGCGUGGCCACAGACGGCUGGGUCAAAGUUCCAAUGAUUGGAAAUGACGCAGAGGAGGACGUGAGGAAAAGGAUGGGCAGCAGCAUUCAGAGUCACAGAAAGGAAGCAGGAGUUGGUGUACAGUAUUUGCCAAGGGAGGGGGGUCAGGCAAUACAUUGAAACUACAAACUUGAGAUUGUGUAACUUAUAACUCAAACUAAGCUACCAGCAACUCUUUUGUUUGUUCUCACUGAGCCGUUGUCUGGUUUUCAUUUGUGUCUUUCAGUGUUAUGUCAGAGAUGUUCUAAGGCUGCUAAUUGUUUGUAUGUAGUCAAAGUUUAGACCAAUCGUUUGUUUUGUUGUUUUACAUUUUGUUGCCUUUUUGGGUUAAAUAAU